AUGUCCCACACAGAGACGGAGCCUGGCACUGUGCCAGAAGCAAUGGGCGCACGAGGAUUGGUGCCUAUGCCCGAAGUAGUAAAGCGCAUUUUCACCAAGUUUCCGCUGCAUGUAUGGCCUUUUGCACAGUCUUAUGAUGACUACGUGGAACCGAAACAACUUGUAUUGUACAUUGCGCCAACGCGGCCUGGCGAGUGGGCUAGCAUGGACCCGGUGUCUUUGCGUUGGCAAAUUGAGUUUUACGUGCGUGGUGCUCCGUGUAAAUGUGUCCCACUACAGGAUCCCUACUGGGCACCGAGUGGGAGCAUGCCUUUUUUGCAACUGCCAUUUGACGCAUCGUCGCACAGCUCGCCUGAAGCGGCAGAGCUGAUCCCCGAAUCAGAGCUGAUGCAUUAUCUAGAUAACUACUACCCGCAUGCGCGACUGGAGCUUGAUGAGGAGGAUACUAUUUGGCCAGACAAGGCUGCCGAGGCGGAGAGCCUUGUAUGGCACAACCUGCUUUCGGGGCGUCUCAUGGCGGGCGCGCUUUUGCUUUGUCUUCGUGCAGGAGUAUUUGCAGGGCAGCCUGAAAAGAAACCCAUGCUGCGUACUCUGCUUGGGAAUGCAUUGCCUGGUGAAGUCACAUUUGAGCAGCUUGCGCUUGGGCGUGUUGAGACCCUUUCCUCUGCAGGUGCGUCCCCCUCCAGCUUGCGCGCCGUGUAUGGCAGCGAUUGUUCUGCCGAUCCCCGGAACCCAUUGUCCGUGGCGCCUGGGUACACGAUUGAUUUUCACGGGAUUGUCGGCGGAACGUCCCAGCAUGCGGCGCCAGAUCCCGGCGCACCAGAUGUGCCAUCAGCUACAAGAAGAGUUGAUCAGGACAGAAUUCUUUUGCAGGCAAUGGACGCACUGCAAUCGGUCGCUACACGCCUUGCUGUCGAUGUAGACGCCCAGUCUGGCGAAGGAUGGAUGCUUGGCGCGCGACAUGCGACUUCGCUCGACUGCUUGCUAUUCGCAGCGCUUUACUCCAUUCUGCAUAUCCCUGCCGAUUCCUUGGAUGUGCACGGACCAUUGCACGGCACGAUCCAGCGCUCGCCCUCACUUCGCGCCUAUGUCCGGCGCAUCCAAGCCCUACUGCCAGCGGUCGACAUGGCGAUUCCGGACUGGGGCAAGGACGUGCUUGCAGUAUUUGUUGGUCAGCCGUUUGAUAUCAUCAAGGUGCGCAUGCAAACGGCGCCGCCCGGCACAUAUUCUGGUGUCCUGGGUUGCAUAUCGAGCAUUGUCAAGACAGAGGGCCCGCUUGCCUUUUACAAGGGUACCACUUUGCCGUUGCUUGGCGUUGGUGCAUGUGUUUCGAUCCAGUUUGGUGUUGCACAGCAUUGCAAACGCUUUUUUCAUGCGCGCAACACUGAGCAGCGCGGAAAAAGCGCUGCACAUCUUUCCUCCCUACAGCUUUACAUGUCGGGUGCUGCGGCAGGUAUUGCAAACAGUGUACUGGCUAGCCCGAUCGAGCAAGUCCGUAUUCGUCUACAGACGCAGACGAAUAACGUGUACCGCGGGCCGUUUGCCUGUUUGAAGCAGGUCUGUGCGAAAGGUGGUAUUGCAGGCGUAUACCGCGGCUUUUUUCCCACCCUAUUUCGUGAGGCACACGGUAUGGGCAUCUAUGCCGACGGCGUUGAGCACCGCUCGCAGCUUCCGCACAGCACGCCACUCCUUGCCGGCGCUGCUGCCGGAUUUGUGUUGUGGAUCAUGGUGUACCCUAUUGAUGUUAUCAAGUCGUACAUGCAAACCGACGCACUUGUUCCUUCUCAGCGCAGAUACCGUAACUCGGUGGACGUAAUCCGCGCAAUUUACAACACCUCUGGGGUGAAUGGCUUUUUCCGCGGUCUUACCCCAACGCUGAUCAGGGCACCAUUUGCAAACGGCGCUACAUUCCUUGCGUUUGAAAUCGCGCUCCACGAACUCGACAAGAUGAAGUAG